UGUUGUGUACAUACACGUUUAUUUUUAGGAUGCCCUGUGAAUGAUGGAUCUCAUUAUUAAGUUAUUAUCAACUUUGUCAAAAAAUAUAUAAGCUUUCAAUGAAGAAUGUAUUUAUUAAUAUGAGAAGGUUGGUUUUGAUGUUUGGAAUAUGUGUAAGGUGUCUCAUUGUGUAUGUCUAAAAAAGUAAACUUACUGUCUGCCUGUCGCCAGAAAAAAAAAAGUGGGACCUAAUCAAACUGCUAUGGGGUCAACCCUUGUGGUUUUAAAGGCCCUUAAUGUUGUCCAGCUGCAAAAUAAAAGGAAUUGGGAGGGGAAGUUGGAAGGAGUGGAGGGGGCUGGGGGGUAAUGUGUGGAAAAGAACAGGGAGUCUGGCUUUUAUUUUUUUUUUUUUUAAAGUGAGUUCAGUGCCAGCCUGGACAUUGGCUGUGCAGACUAUUGAGCCAUUGUCUGCUCCAUUUCCAGAAUAGCCCCCAGUUAAUCACUUCGGCUUUGAAGGGAAUUUCCUCGUGGAAUUCUCCACAGAAAAUCUAAUCAACUGACCUGCCCUCUCAACAAUGGAAGGCUUUUUUUUCUCUCUUUCCCUUAUUGGGGCGGGCUCUGUAAUGUAGCCUUUUGUGCAGAAUGAACCCUCCCAGUAGGAGUGGAGAGCGUGUGUGAGUGACUGAGUGUGUGUGUGUGUGUGUGUGUGUGAAGAAUGCACACUAUCUCGUGUCGGUGAGUGUGUGCUUACUCCCUGACCAGAUGCUGCGGUGCACGGGGCAGCCACCAUCUCUGCGUGCGUGUCUGUGAUGUCUUCCAAGCGACCAGCCUCUCCGUAUGGGGAAGCAGAUGGAGAGGUAGCCAUGGUGACAAGCAGACAGAAAGUGGAAGAAGAGGAGAGUGACGGGCUCCCAGCCUUUCACCUUCCCUUGCAUGUGAGUUUUCCCAACAAGCCUCACUCUGAGGAAUUUCAGCCAGUUUCUCUGCUGACGCAAGAGACUUGUGGCCAUAGGACUCCCACUUCUCAGCACAAUACAAUGGAAGUUGAUGGCAAUAAAGUUAUGUCUUCAUUUGCCCCACACAACUCAUCUACCUCACCUCAGAAGGCAGAAGAAGGUGGGAGGCAGAGUGGUGAGUCCUUGUCAAGCACGGCCCUAGGAACUCCCGAACGGCGCAAAGGCAGCUUAGCUGACGUUGUUGACACCUUGAAGCAGAGGAAAAUGGAAGAGCUCAUCAAAAAUGAGCCAGAAGAAACCCCCAGUAUUGAAAAGCUACUCUCAAAGGACUGGAAAGACAAACUUCUUGCAAUGGGAUCAGGGAACUUUGGUGAAAUAAAAGGGACUCCCGAAAGCCUAGCUGAGAAGGAGAGGCAGCUCAUGGGUAUGAUCAAUCAGCUGACCAGUCUGCGGGAGCAGUUACUGGCUGCCCACGAUGAGCAGAAGAAACUAGCUGCUUCUCAGAUUGAGAAACAGCGACAGCAAAUGGAGUUGGCCAAACAGCAACAAGAACAGAUUGCAAGACAACAGCAGCAGCUUCUUCAGCAACAACACAAAAUCAAUUUGCUUCAGCAACAGAUCCAGCAGGUUCAAGGUCAACUGCCGCCAUUAAUGAUUCCCGUGUUCCCUCCUGAUCAACGGACUCUGGCUGCAGCUGCUCAGCAAGGAUUCCUCCUUCCUCCAGGCUUCAGCUAUAAGGCUGGAUGUAGUGACCCUUACCCUGUUCAGCUGAUCCCGACGACCAUGGCAGCUGCUGCCGCAGCAACACCAGGCUUAGGCCCGCUCCAACUGCAGCAGCUGUAUGCUGCCCAGCUCGCUGCCAUGCAGGUAUCUCCAGGAGGAAAGCUCCCAGGCAUACCCCAAGGCAACCUCGGUGCUGCUGUAUCUCCUACCAGCAUUCACACAGACAAGAGCACAAACAGCCCACCACCCAAAAGCAAGGAUGAAGUGGCACAGCCACUGAACCUAUCAGCUAAACCCAAGACCUCUGAUGGCAAAUCACCCACAUCACCCACCUCUCCCCAUAUGCCAGCUCUGAGAAUAAACAGUGGGGCAGGCCCCCUCAAAGCCUCUGUCCCAGCAGCAUUAGCUAGUCCUUCAGCCAGAGUUAGCACAAUAGGUUAUUUAAAUGACCAUGAUGCUGUCACCAAGGCAAUCCAAGAGGCUCGGCAGAUGAAGGAGCAGCUUCGGCGGGAACAACAGGUGCUUGAUGGGAAGGUGGCCGUUGUGAAUAAUUUAGGUCUCAGUAACUGCCGGACAGAAAAGGAAAAAACAACACUGGAGAGUCUGACUCAGCAACUGGCAGUUAAACAGAAUGAAGAAGGAAAAUUUAGCCAUGCCAUGAUGGAUUUCAAUAUGAGUGGAGAUUCUGAUGGAAGUGCUGGAGUCUCAGAAUCAAGAAUUUACAGAGAAUCCAGAGGCCGUGGUAGCAAUGAACCCCACAUAAAACGUCCAAUGAACGCCUUCAUGGUGUGGGCUAAAGAUGAACGAAGGAAAAUCCUUCAAGCCUUUCCUGACAUGCACAACUCCAACAUCAGCAAGAUAUUGGGAUCUCGCUGGAAAGCUAUGACGAACCUAGAGAAACAGCCAUAUUACGAGGAGCAAGCCCGUCUCAGCAAGCAGCACCUGGAGAAGUACCCCGACUACAAAUACAAGCCGCGGCCCAAGCGCACCUGCCUCGUGGACGGCAAGAAGCUGCGCAUCGGCGAGUACAAGGCGAUCAUGCGGAACAGGCGGCAGGAGAUGCGGCAGUACUUCAAUGUCGGGCAACAAGCACAGAUCCCCAUCGCCACCGCUGGUGUUGUGUACCCUGGAGCCAUCGCCAUGGCGGGAAUGCCCUCCCCUCACCUGCCCUCAGAGCACUCAAGCGUGUCCAGCAGCCCAGAGCCCGGGAUGCCUGUUAUCCAGAGCACUUAUGGCGUGAAAGGAGAGGAGCCACAUAUCAAAGAAGAGAUACAGGCCGAGGACAUCAACGGAGAAAUUUAUGAUGAGUUCGAUGAGGAAGAGGAUGACCCAGAUGUAGAUUAUGGGAGUGACAGUGAAAACCAUAUUGCAGGACAAGCCAACUGAUAAGGGUCAAAAGAUUGUUGUGACCUUAGGACUUAAAGAAGCCCUAGCUGGUUCAUCCUUACCAGUGGCCAAGCACAUUAACUUUCUCAUACACUGACUGUUACUUUAACUGUUAGUCUUAAAUAGUUGGGACAUCAGCUGACUAAUAGACCUCAGCCUCAAAAGGCUUGGAAAGGAAAAAAAAAAAAAUACAAGCAAACAACAAUAUCAACAACAAGAGAUUGAAAUAAGCUAUGGGUAAAAUAAUGCCAGUAAUUCAGCUGCUACAUCCAAGCACUGAAGUCUUACCCGUCAACUUUUUUUUUUUUAAUAAACUUUAUGGCUGUUUGUUCUACAAUGUUCUAGAAAUUCUCACUCAGGUACACAGUGCCAACAAGUGGCUUGUGAAUGUGUUUUGUUGUUUUGUGCUACAAUUUUUAAAAAAAUAAGUUUUGUUUUGUUUUUUGGGGU